AUCGAGUCCGACAUCGGUUUUUUAGUAUAAAUUGGCUGGCACUCUACUAAUAACGCAUCAUUUAGUCCACCACCUAACGGCAGACACCACCUGCAAAGAUGUUCCGCUUCCUCCUUGUUGCCUCGGCUUUGAUUGCCUGCGCCUAUGCAGUGAGUGACGAGUCCUACGCAGUCGGAAAUAGCAGAAGCGACAUAAACCCUGAUGGCAGCUACAGCUACUCAUAUGAGACCUCCAAUGGAAUCUCUGGUCAGGAGCAAGGAGUGGGUGGUCAGGUUGCCAGCGGCUCAAACUCAUACACUGCGCCCAACGGGGAACUAGUGCAGCUCUCAUACAUUGCUGACGAGAAUGGUUACCAGCCACAGGGCUCGCAUUUGCCCGUCGCACCACCAAUUCCAGAUGCUAUUUUGAGGGCAUUGGAAUACAUCCGUACCCACCCACAAUAUGAGCAGCCUACAAAGAGACCACUUUUUGGUUAAUGGUUAAACUCACCCAAAUAAUUCAGAAUAACAUCAAUCUGAAAAAGAUUUUAUUGUGCUCUCAUGUGUUUUUAAAUAAAAGAAUGUGAACGCAAACUAAA